AUUCAUGCUACCUAUCCAAAUUUCUCGUCUUCGAGGGGCUGUCGCUUCGCACUAUCUAAUAGGGACCGCGCCCCGCCGCCGCUCGGCUGGGUCUGGAACUAGCUAGUAUGGCGGCGAUGGUACUCACUACGGUAUGCACCACGUGGAGAAUGCGGAGAGUUGAAACAGGAGCUCGAUAGGCGAGGGUGCCAGUAGUUUGGUUAUGUAGCAAUUUCUAGGAAUAUAAGUCAUUGGAACCCCAGUUUCCCGAUCUUCUUUGUUGUAGAGACUCUGAUGCUCCCAAAUCCGCCCUACUGAUCGCGUUUAGAAUGGAAGCUAUUCAACGGGUCCUUCCCGAGGGAUUCCCCGUAUCCCUCCAAGUGGUCAUAGCGACCUUGGUGCUUGGCGUUGUCUAUUCACUAAUCACCAAGGAUCGACCUUUUGCUGGAUUUCCUGUCGUAACGGUCAAUGGGCUUAGCCCAACAAAAAGUUGGCUAUGGCACGGGCGAGAGGUUUUGGCUGAAGGCCGUCGACGGUUUUCUGGGCCAUUCCAAAUUAUGACGGGUACUGGCCCGAAAAUCAUCUUGCCCAACAAGUACGCGGAUGAGAUCCGCAAUCAUCCCGCGCUGAACUUCAAUAAGGCUUUCGGAAAGGAUUUUAUGGUAAACUAUCCCGGUUUUGAGGCUCACCGACUCGGUCUACGUGAUGAAAAUCUGAUACAAGAAACUGUACGAGUGAAAUUAACUCAAUCGCUGAACUUGGUCACCGACGACCUUGUGGAGGAAACAGCCGCAUCAUUGCACGAUGUUUUCGGUGAAGAUGAGGCAUGGAACACCCGGCAAAUUAGGGACGACAUGCUCGAAGUUGUCGCUCGACUCUCAUCGAGGGUAUUUCUAGGAAAGGAUCUAUGCCGAAACCGAAGAUGGCUCGAUAUUUCUAAGACUUACACUGUCGACUCCUUCCUUAUUUCCCGGAUCUUGAGGGCUAUCCCAUCCCCCCUCCGACGGAUCGCUUACAUGAUCGCCCCACAGUCAAGGUCGCUGCAAAAUGCUGUUAGAGAUGCUCGCAAAUUGAUCAACCCCGAAGUGAAGCGUCGUAGGGCCGCCGUCGACGCGGCGCGUGCUGCCGGCGAAAAGCCGCCCAAGGUCGCCGACACGAUUGGCUGGAUGUACGAAGUCGCGAAGGGACAAGACGACGUUGAUUAUGUUGCCGGGCAGCUUUCGCUGACAAUGGCCGCUAUUCAUACGACUACGGAAGUUACUUGUUCGGCGCUUUUUGAUAUCUGCGAGUACCCCGAGGUAGCCCAGCAGCUCCGAGAGGAGAUCGUCCAGGUUAUCGGGGAGAACGGUUGGGCUAAGACGUCGCUAUACAAACUCAAGCUUAUGGACAGUUUCCUAAAGGAAGGGCAGCGCCUCCGACCUAUGGGAGAAAUUUCUAUGCACCGAUACGUCGAGAAGGAUAUUAAGCUCUCCGAUGGCACCGUACUUCCGAAAGGCGCCCGAGUUCAGGUAGCGGGUAACUACACGGACCCCGCGAUUUACCCCGAACCGGAAAAGUUCGACGCCGCCCGAUUCCUGAAGAUGAGACAACAGGCUGGUCCGGAAAGUACCAAUAGCUGGCAAUUUGUUACGACUAGUCCGGCUCACAUGACAUUCGGACACGGUCAACAUGCGUGCCCCGGUCGGUUCUUCGCUUCGAAUGAAGUGAAGAUUGCGCUAUGCCAUUUGUUGCUUAAGUACGAUUGGAGGUUCAUUCCGGGUGAGGGCAGACCGGCUCCGCGAUCAUUUGAGGCCGUUCGGGGUGUUGAUCAGAAGUCAAGGAUCCAAGUGCGACGCAGGAGGCCCGAGAUUGAUCUUGAUAACUUUUAAAAGGUUCUAAUGCGACUACUGUACAUAUUAUUUACCUAGGUAGCUAUUCGUUAAUAUAGUGGGUUAUUACUACUAUACCAGUCAAUUUAUACGUGAUGGCUGUCCGGGCGGUUGGGAUGCUUGGGGUCGGCAGGUGCCUCCGAG